CGGCUGGCCCGCCAGGCCGCCACCCCUAUGCAAGCACCAGGCGCCUCCAUUCCCUCCUUCUUUCGUCCGCUCCCUGCCUCUUACUUUCUUUCUUCUCUCCUCCCAUCCCUUCCAUCGUUUGUGAAUCCCUUCUUUCUUAUUUUCGACGUACUUCAAGUCGUCAUCCCGUCAUUCGUUCAGACUUGCCUAAUUCUACUUCUCACACUCGCUUUAUCGCGCCCCGCGACUUACCUCCGCAUUUCAUCGCCAAAUCGCUCUUAUUUAUCGACUGACUACCGAAUACCAAAUAUCUCACAAUGAAGGGCUCCGUCUUUGCUACCGCCCUCACUCUGAGCGUUUCCAGCGUUCUGGCUUCGCCCCAGCAGCUGUCCGCCCGUGACGACGUCACUCCCAUCACCGUCAAGGGUAACGCUUUCUUCAAGGGAGACGAGCGCUUCUAUAUCCGUGGUGUCGACUACCAGCCUGGCGGUUCCUCCGACCUGGCUGACCCCAUCGCCGAUGCUGAUGGCUGCAAGCGCGACAUCAAGAAGUUCAAGGACCUCGGCCUGAACACCAUCCGUGUUUACUCGGUCGACAACUCCAAGGACCACGACGAGUGUAUGAACGCCCUGGCUGAUGCUGGCAUCUACCUUGUGCUCGACGUCAACACUCCCAAGUACUCGCUCAACCGUAAAGCUCCCGACGUGUCCUACAACGACAAGUACCUUCAAUACAUCUUUGCUACUGUCGACAAGUUCGUCAAGUACAAGAACACCUUGGCUUUCUUCUCCGGAAACGAGGUCAUCAACGAUGGUCCUUCCUCCAUCACUGCCCCUUACGUCAAGGCUGUGACCCGUGAUCUCCGCAACUACAUGAGCGCUCGCAACCACCGUCAGGUCCCUGUUGGAUACUCCGCUGCCGACGUCGACACCAACCGUCGUGAGAUGGCUGAGUACAUGAACUGUGGUACCAAGGAGGAGCGCAGUGACUUCUUCGCUUUCAACGACUACUCCUGGUGCAGCCCCUCUUCCUUCGAGAAGUCCGGUUGGGAUGCCAAGGUCAAGAACUUCACCGGUUACGGCCUCCCCCUCUUCCUCUCCGAGUACGGAUGCAACACCAACACGCGUGACUUUGGUGAGGUUGAGGCCCUCUACUCCAAGAAGAUGACUGGCGUCUACUCUGGUGGUCUUGUCUACGAGUACUCCCAGGAGCCCAGCAACUACGGACUUGUUAAGGUCAAGGGCGAUGAUGUCAGCGACCUCAAGGACUUCGAUGCCCUCAAGACUGCUUUCGAGAAGACCAGCAACCCCGAGGGUGACGGUGGCUACAACAAGACUGGUGGUGCCAACCCCUGCCCCGCUAGAAACGCCCCCAACUGGGACGUUGACUCCGAGGACGUUCUUCCUGCUAUGCCCGAACCUGCCAAGAAGUACUUCGAGAACGGCGCUGGUAAAGGCGAUGGCUUCUCGGGCUCUGGUAGCCAGACCUCUGGUACCCCCUCUUCCAGCAACACCACCGAUGGCGAGGGCAACACUGUUGAUGGCAGUGUCAACACUGAGAACUCGGGCAGCGACGACGAGGAGGGUGCUGCUGCUGGCCUUGCGAUCUCUCCCGUUUUCGUCGGGAUGGUGACUGUUUUCUCUACCCUUGCCGGCGCCGGUAUGGCUCUGUUCUAGGCGAUGGAAGUUGGAUUGUCUUGAAUGUUCUUUGUCACAUUUAUUUCUUUCGGAGUUCUCUGACUUGCCGGAUGGGAUUUGUAUUGAUAUGCCCCUGGCGUUUCCCACGCGACGCACAAGGAGCCUCCCCGCUGUACAGUUGGAUGGCACAUUUGUUAGUCACUUUUAGUGCUUUGAGUAUAGACUCGUAAUCAAUGCCUGAUGUUGUUACUGAUGUGCAAUAAUGUCUCGAGUAGCCUAGUUUAAUUGUAACUUGCAGAAACAAACCAAUGGCGAGACUUGCGCUGUUUAGUUUUCUGCAUCUUUGCCCUAAGUUAGGGCCCCUACUUGACAGAAAUAAAGACAGGAACCUAGCUUGAUUCUUGAAGUGAUAUCCGC